UCAACGGGCCCGACGCCACCUGUCGCCCAGCCCACAACAGGCUGCCACGUAAUGUGGUGGCGGACUGGCGGAUCGUGCGGCUUGGCGUGGUGCGUGUAGGGGUUGCUGGGAGAAGGGAUGGACGGGGCGGUUGGGGAGGGGGAGGGGCGGGUUGAUGGUGAUGGUGAAGCUGGGCUUGUUGCGGAUGGCGCGAAUCUCGUUGUUGUUGUGGCGGAACAGCUCGAGUGUGCCGUCUUGCUGGCCGGUGGGGCGGAGGAAGACGACACGGCGGCCGACGAUCAUCCACUGCGCACAGAAACGGGGCAACGCCAAGAAAUCCUGCACCCAACACACACACAUCCAGCAGCUCACCGAUUGCCUCUUCUGUGUGUCGUGCUUACCGCCUUGGUGGCGUGUGUCUGCAGGUCCGUAGCACCCACAGUGACCGGCAGCUGGCAAUAGCCGCACUGCUCGGCGACUCUGAGUGUGUCGCCCACCUCCCGCCAGCCGCCCUCGCCCCCCUCCUCUACCACCCACAUGGCCUUCAUCACAUCGCCGUGGCUCAGCUGAUCGUCGAACUGCACCACACCGCCCACCCCCGCCCGCUCGAUGGCCGCCUUCGGCAGUCGAAGGCGGCGGACGAUCGGCCGGAGGGCAUUUCUGAUGGGUCGGGCUGUCGAUUUGAGGUGGGCGACGGCGGUGAGGUCAGACAGUGCGAUGACGAUGCUCAUGGGGUCGGGAGGGAUGUCAGAGAGGUGCAGCCGUCGCGCCUGAUGACACACACAAAAAAGGACAUACACACAUAGCACAUGAGAGGUGCACACCACAUCAGUGUGGGCCUUGUGUUUGUGCCUGCCUGUGGUCACUCCCCCACUCACCUGUGUGCGGCGAUGUCUUGUGAGUGCGAUGGUCGAGUUGAUGGUCUCUGCCAACUCGGCCAGCAGGUCGGACACAGCAGCAAACUGGCGACUCACCUUGGCCACCAUCUGACGAAUGAAUCAACACGACGAGAGCAACGCCAAGCAAAGGAGACUCCACAGACACACAGAGGGCUCUGUGGUGUGUGGUGUGUUUGGCAGCCUGCCCCACCAGUGGUGCCAUCGAAGCUGCGGUGUCCAUCUGGAGAAGUUGGUCGAUGCAGCUGUUGACCUGCACACCACACACACACACACACACACACACAAGCAAGCAGCCGAUGAGCUUUGGGUGCACUGCAUGGAAUGGACGAGUCGGUAUGUGUGUUGGUCAGCUGAUACCUGAGCCUGCUUCAGCCGAUAGCCUUGUACCUGCGGCAGCAGCUGCGCCCGUAUCACUGCGCUCAUCUGCACCAAACCGAAUGACAAACCACACACAGACAGCACAAGUGAUUCACGUCAUGAUGUAGGGAUUUGCCUGGCCUCAGCUCCCUCUUCUCUCACCUGGGCGGCGGCACUGGCAGCCAUCGUGCAGCCAAGCUAUGGAUCGGAGUGCUGUUUUGUGGCUUCAACGGGCUCUGCACCCCUCUGUCGUCGCCAUGCUACAUUCUCUUAGCUCCUUUACU